AUGGAUCCAAAUUUUCCAUCAUUCGCGAGGCUAAGGAGGAAGGAGAUUAUGGCAAGGAAGCGCCAAAGAAGAGAAAUUGAUAAUACCGAGCGACCACUACCACCAAGGCAACAAAGAGGAAAAUCACUCAAUACCGGUCAGAGAAAUCCACUGAGCGACAUUUCAAAUGCAAAUCCGGUUCACAACCAAGUUCAAGGGAAGGAUGCUUACAGUCAAUGUGAAAGUGAACAAAGAAAGAAAAGGGUUGCCACUAAGUCUAUUGCAAAAAGCACUCCAAGUGGAGCUGAUAACUACGUUUCCACCAAAGAAAAUAUUCAAGGAGAUCAAGGGACACACAAAAAUCUCAUGAAGUCUACUGCAAAAAGAACUCCAUCCAGUGCUACUACUUCAAAGACUGGUGCCAAGUCUGCCAACAGUUCCGUUUCUACCAAUGGAAUUACAACGAAUAUGAUUACACAAGGAGUUCAAGAGUAUUGGGACCUUGGAGAUCCGACAUAUAUUUGUAAGUUUUGUGGUGCGAUGCGCUGGUAUGAGGAAAGAUUGGAGAAGAACAAAAAAGGUGAACCAAAAGAUCCGAAGUUUUCUAAGUGUUGUUUACAAGGAAAAGUGCUACUACCUAUACUAAAAGAGCCACCACCGCCACUUUGUGGUCUUUUGAAGAAUGAGGACCCUAAAAGUAGGACAUUUCUAGAUAAUAUAAGACCUUAUAAUGGGAUGUUCGCAUUUACAUCAAUGGGUGGCAAGAUAGAUUCAACAGUCAAUCAAGGGAGAGGACCUUACACCUUUAGAUUACAUGGUCAAAAUUAUCACAGGUUAGGAAGUUUGCUGCCAACUUCGGGAUCAUCUCCGAAAUUUGCACAACUCUACAUAUAUGACACAGAAAAUGAGGUUUCAAAUAGGAAGAAUACACACAGUAGCCCUGAUGAUUUUGAUGAUGAACUUAUUAAUGAUCUCAAGAGGAUGCUUGAUCAACAUAACCCUAUUGCUCAAGCUUUCAGAAUGGCAAGGGAUCGUUUUAAAUCUAAUGAUUCUCAAAAUGUCAAGCUAAGACUUAUUGGGAAAAGGGGAACUGAUGGGAGGACAUACAAUCUCCCAAGUGCAUCUGAAGUGGCAGCGCUUAUUGUUGGUGAUGUAGGAAGCUCUGGGGAUAGAGAUAUUAUUGUUGAAAAACAAUCCGGCUUACUACAACGCAUCACUGAGCUACACCCAUCAUACCUUGCUAUGCAAUACCCAUUGUUAUUUCCAUAUGGUGAGGAUGGUUUUAGGGUUGAUAUUCCAACAAGGGACACUAAUGGAGCUUCUUCUAGAAAAAGGGGUAGAGUAAGUAUUAGAGAGUAUUUUGCAUUCCGCAUUCAAGACAGACUCAAUGAAGCUGCCACAUUAUUAUUGUCGAAAAAGUUAUUUCAACAAUUUUUGGUUGAUGUUUAUACAAUGAUCGAGGCAGAGAGACUUUGUUUUGUUCGAACAAAUCAGAAAAAGCUAAGAGCGGAAUUGUAUAAGAAUCUAACAGAUGCAGUCAUGAGAGGAGACACAGAUCCGUCAACUACGGGGAAGAGAAUAGUCUUACCUUCAUCAUUUACAGGCGGACCACGUUAUAUGAUGCAAAACUAUCAAGAUGCCAUGGCUAUAUGCAAGUGGUAUGGAUAUCCCGAUUUAUUUAUCACUUUUACAUGUAAUCCAAAGUGGCCUGAAAUCACAAGAUUUGUUGAAAAGAGAGGUCUAAGGCCAGAGGAUAGACCAGAUAUUGUUUGUAGAGUUUUUAAAAUGAAGCUAGAUCGGCUAAUAAGUGAUCUCAAGGAACAAAAGAUACUCCCCUUCAGAGUUAACGCAUUGGUCUACACAGUGGAGUUCCAAAAGCGUGGAUUGCCUCAUGCUCACAUUCUUCUUUUUUUGCAUCCUGAAGACAAGAUUUCUAACGGUGAAGAAAUUGAUAAAAUCAUUCACGCCGAAAUUCCUGAUGCAGCAACUAAUCCUGAGUUGCAUAAACUUGUGGGAGAUUGCAUGAUGCAUGGCCCGUGCGGUGAAUUAAAUAAAAGCUCGCCAUGUAUGAAAAUGGGGAGGUGUUCAAAACAUUUCCCUAAGGAGUUUUUAGAAGAAACCAGUGUUGAUAAUGAAGGGUAUCCUAAAUAUAGAAGACGGGAUAAUGGAAGGCUAUAA